AUGGUGACGACACGUCAGCGUCCGGAGGCGUUCGCUUGGAGCCCUUCUGGGGUGGAUUUUAAAGGUGCGAUAGUUGGCGACUAUGCUCAUUAUUUUGAUCCAAAUGCUACCAAUAACCAAUCUCGUCUCGAGUUUCUUACUAUCGAUGAUAUUCUUCGUAAACCAUCGGAAGAUUCUUCUUUCCAACAUAGCUUGACGUGCGAAUACAGGUUCAAUGAGCUUUCUUGGUCCCCUCUGAGGACGGACUUACACCCAUCCGGUUUGGUUUUUGGAGGAACAGAAAAUGGGACAGUAGUAUUCUUUGAUGCACAAGCAUUCGUAACUAACAACUCGCUUUCUAUCGUGUCCUCCAGGCGAGACCAUCAGGGUCACGUACUUUCCGUAGAUCAUUCCGCUGACAAUCGAUGGGCUAUUUCUGUUGGAGGUGCAGCGCAACUACUACUUUGGGAUUUGACCAACUUAGCUACACCAUUUUCCCCGGGUGUAUCAAAUUUCACAGAUCAGGAGGGUCGGUUUGAAAUUGUAAGUGUGGGUGUCUAUCACUCUUUCUUUUCGCUUACCUGUGUUUUUGGGUUGUGGGGACUACAUUCCUGCAAAAUUUUCGUAAUAGAAGGUGGAGGUUCACAGAUCGUGUUUCAGGUGAAAAAAGUUCGGUGGAAUCGUUCCAUGGAUAACAUUUUGGUUUCUUUAUCAGCACAUCGUGGCAGUCUUUGGGAUAUGCGAAGACCUGGAGGCCCCGUACUAGAAUUUGCUGAGGGUGCGAUCGUUGGCGACUAUGCUCAUUAUUUUGAUCCGAAUGCUACCAAUAACCAAUCUCGUCUCGAGUUUCUUACUAUCGAUGAUAUUCUUCGUAAGCCAUCGGAAGAUUCUUCUUUCCAACAUAGCUUGACGUGCGAAUACAGGUUCAAUGAGCUUUCUUGGUCGCCUCUGAGGACGGACUUACACCCAUCCGGUUUGGUUUUUGGAGGAACAGAAAAUGGGACAGUAGUGAAAAAAGUUCGGUGGAAUCGUUCCAUGGAUAACAUUUUGGUGUCCCUAUCAGCACAUCGUGGCAGUCUUUGGGAUAUGCGAAGACCUGGAGGCCCCGUUUUAGAAUUUGCUGAGAUCGGAAGUGGAUGCGAUUGGGCGGAUAUUUGCUGGAAGCCUGCCGACUCCACCACGAUGAUUCUAUGCAAUCAGCUGGCUGCAACACCUGGUAUUCAAAAAUGGGAUCUGCGGUACCCUACGGCACCAGUUGGUGAAUUUUAUAUACAUGACCGGGGAGUGACUGCAAUGGAUUGGUGA